ACUAAUCGCUAUAAAAUGCACUCUGAUUGUUCUCACCUUGAAAUAACAAAUCAUUGAAGGAAUAUUUUGCACAAUGUCACAACGGCUUGACAGCAUGAGAGUCACUGAUGAAAAUAACUUUAAUUUAGCAUUGCUAUAAUUACGAAAUAAUAUACGAAGGAAAAUGACGUCAGAAACCUAUUUGGACUUGACCUUUGACCGCAAUGGAAAGAGUGGCAAACGCCCGAUCAGACCAAAAUUGCUGAAAUUAACGGAUGUCACGAUGCCGCAUCGCAGUCGGAAGAAAACCAAAGUCAAGAGCAAAGACCGGUCGGUGUCCUCAGUACGUGACCGUAUUUACGACGAUCCAGCAUACACAGACGAUAUCAGCCACCUGGCGAACCCACUACGCCGCAACAGCUGUUCCGGUAAGGCGGACGCCAAAGCGAAAUCCUUUGCCAGCGGCAAUACGGCGAGCAACUUGACGGCCAGUGGCAGCAGUUCCCUGGGAAAGCGCAGUAAAUUAUCCAAGGAAUUUUUGCAGCAAAAUAAAUUGCGCGAUGUUGGCGCCACCUAUGAACGCGACGCAUCGAGUAGUUCAGACGAGCCGCUACGUUCGGAGAGUCAAUCAAAAAGCGGCGCAACGGCGAGUGCGGGACGACGUGGACGCAGCCUAGAACGUAGCGCUGCUGCUGCGGCAACAGAGUGGAAGAGUGGCGAACGAAAACGUGAGAAGCGCGAACGCAGCAGUAAACAGAAAAUCAAUACGACGAGUGUGGAAAGCAAUGCACUCCUCACACAACACGCGGAAAUGCAACAAAAACAAGACAGUUAUAACGAAGCAACAAACAACACGCGCGCGUCAAGCAAUCGGCGGUCGAAAACGCAGUCAGCCAUGAUGACCAAACAAUAUAGCGAUGGCGCUGCAGCCGAUUUACAAUGGGCGGUCGAACAGCAGCAGGCGCGCGAUGAGAUUUCAUCCAUGCACAGCGGUGCGUCUGCGGUGAAGGCUGUGGCAGCAACAAGCGCAGCAGGCGGUGCCAGCUCGAAAAUGCAAAUUGGCAGGCGCUUCUUGCGCGGUGAAAUCGGCAUUAAGAGUUUCAAUUACUACUUACUGAAGGAGGGUAUUAAGAGCUCGAAGCGCUUUGUGGAGAAGCAGCGCAACUCAUUCACAAGCGGCUUAGCGAGCGCGGCAAUUGGCGGCAAGAAGACGCACUCACGCAGCGAGGAGAAUAUCUAUGAGGAGAUUUUCUUCAAGGACGCGCCACCAUCCGAUGAUGAACAACAGCAGCAACUACAACAAGAACAACAGCAGCAGCAACAGCCACCACCGUUACCGCUGCAGCAAAGCAAUAGCGCACAGACGCAUGCACAUACACAGCUGGAACAACAAGCGCCGCACACACAACACGCACAUCAAGCUAGAGGCGCCGAAACGCCCAUAUCACAAUGCAGCGGCAGCGAAGAGGGCGUCUACGCCGACUGUGAACUUUGCCUGCAGCAAUGCACCAAAGAGAAUUGCGAAUAUUGCUACGCGCAGCAGUCAACGGCUGUCGCGGAUGAGCAUGCGCAAAGCGCCAGUAAAAUACAGCGCGAUAUGGCCAAACCGUAUGCGGUCGUGCCAUUACAACAACAACAAACGCUCAAUAAACUACCACAACAAUUCGAAACGCCGGCGCGGCCAUUAAUCACGCAAGCGCCCAGCGCCGCGCCCGCCGACUACAACAGCUCGAGCAGCAACGGCGGCAUGGCGGGCGCGCCACUACCCGCCGCGCACAUACUUGAGUUCCAAUCGUACAAUCCGAAUAAUCCGGGCGUUUACAAAAUAGAGACAACACCGGUGGCCAUCACGGGUGAAUACAAUCCGAUAUUGCAAUUUCAACAGUCUUCGCCGUCGACAGGCACCGCAACAACAACAACGCCCAGCAUAGAGCUACAGCCUCUGGGUUUAGCGCAACAUGCGUCGAAUAUGGCGCAUCAACAGCAACAGCAACCACAAUUGUUGCAACAAGUAAGCUAUCAGCCUGCAGUACAUCACCAACAACAACAACAGCAACAGCAACAGCAGCCCUUGAAACAUUCAACCAACAAUUACUUAUUGCAAACGGGCGGCGGCGCGCCAACACAUCACCACUACCAUCAGUCACCGACAGUGGUCACCAGCAGCGCCGGCAUACUCAUAACACAGCAGCGCGCACGCGGCCAUCGUAUGGGCAGUCAUCAACACCAACAACAACACUCACAUUAUAUGCUCACUUAUCAAGCGCCCGCAAUGGCCGCCGCAGGACCGCCCAUCUCCGGUGGCGGUGGCAUGCAACGCAUGAACACCAAAUCAUCGUCGUCCAGCGAUUCAUUGCAACAGCAUCAACAUUUGCAUAAAUACAACACGAUGUCACGUCUCGAUGCGCAACAAGUGCUGUUGGGCGAUCCUUUCUAUGGUGGCGCCACUGUCGGACCGACACAUUCGCUCAUGUUUGCCGCCAGCCGCCCUAUAGGCGGCUCACAAAUACUCGUCGAUUCGUAUGAAUUGCCGCAAAUGUACAAAAGCGAUUCGCGCGCCUCCAUACUGAGCGAGUACUCGUUGCGUAGCAGCGACAAUUCGCAUCGCUAUAAUCGCUUUCGUUACGCAGGCGGCGGCGGUGGCAGUUUUAGCGGCGUCGCCGGCGGUGGCGGGCAGGUGAGCGACUCCAGUCUGGGUGACUCGCUGUUUUCCUGCACCUCCGCGCAGCGUCGCUACUUUGGUAGUUCGGAGAGUUGCCGCUUUGGUUUCGAGUGUCGGCGCUGCAGCUUGGAUGGCGGCGAGAAGUGCAGCUUCUCCGACACUUGUCGCUAUGAAUGCCGCAACUGCGAUUGCUCCUCCAGUUACUUUUCCUCGGACUUCGACGAAAUGUAUGGCAGUGUAGCGGGCGCUGGUGGCUCGGCGGCCGCCUUAGCCGCGCAGCGUAGCAGCGGCAUACCGCGCAAGACGGCGGCGGGCACACUGCCCCCAAGCGCUGGCAACGCGGAGUACGAGCGCAAACAGGAGCAACUCGACUUGAAGCAGAAUAAAUAUGCGCAGGAUUUCUUUAAGCAUGUGAACGAUGUUAAGCGCAGCAUCUACCAGUCGGAGAUGCAACGCAAUGCAAGCGGCGCUGCCGAGUACGCAGUUAGCAGCAAAUUUGAAAGCAAUCGCGCUAAAGCUGCUGAGCGCGGCGCUAAUGUGCAAGCGCCAGAAAGCAGUCCACGUCGCUACGCCACCAAAGAUGCGCCGCAAAUAACUACACUACCGCUAACCAAAGAGCGUACGCGCACAGCGCGCAUCACAGCUGGCGCGCAUACGGACAGCUCGACUACGCCAACACCAGCGCCACGCACUAGCUUACAGCAGCCACAGCCACAGCCAAUACAACGCGCGUCGCGGCACUUAGCGGCCGCAACUGCUUAUGAGCGCCACAGCGAAUAUCCUUCAUUGGAUCGUCUGGUGGCARGCGCCACGGGCGCCAUACCAAAAGCCACAACUGUGUGCUUGCAAAACGCUGGCGGCACUAAGCAUAAAAGUAAUGCAACCAACACAUUGCCAACGACAACCGGCGACAUUAAUAGUAAUAGUGAUCAACCGCUGCGCAGCGAACGCCAUAGUCCGCGUCACAGUCCGAAGCAUUUGAAAAUUACCGAUCGCCCACUCGGUUUGUCUGCGGCCUACGUGCAAACCGCCGAUGGCGACACGGUCAAGCAUUAG